AGGAACCGAUCUGCUAAUCUUCUAGCUUCUAGGGUUUCAAGUUUUCAACAUCCCCAAAACCCCCCAAAAAACCAUCAUCCUCCAUUUCCGUUGUCUCUCUGUCUCUCAAUCAAAGGCCUUUGUCCUUCCUUUCUUCCACUCUCAGGCACUUGAGCAAGAAAAAUCCCAUUUUUCCAAUUAUCCAGAGAAAGCAAGCUCUCAGCUUUGUUAAGUAUUUUCUGUAAGUAUCNCUUCCUCCUCUCUCUCUCUCUCUCUCUCUCUCUCUCUGUUUCUAUAACAGAACCGAAAGUUCUUAUUGGCUAGAAACUCAAGUUAUAGUUUCAAAGAUUUCUGCUUUAUAUUAUAUAACAAUAGGAAUAGAAUUCUUCAGUCUUUUGUGUGAGGGUUUAGGACUGAGAGAGACAGAGAGGGAGAGGGAAGGGGAAAAGUUUCAUUCUUUUGUAUUAUAUGGGGAAAUCAGGAGGUAGAAGAAAGAAGGGUAGUUCAAACCAGGUUUCAGUUGAUAAUAAUUCCACUAAUACAACUAGUUCACAUGUCAACGGUGGUGUUGAUUUAGACUCUUCAAUAUUUUUGAAGAGAGCCCAUGAGCUCAAAGAAGAAGGCAAUAAUAAGUUUCAGAAUAAGGACUACGUGGCUGCUCUUCAACACUAUGAUAAUGCUCUUAGGCUUAUCCCCAAAACUCACCCUGACCGAGCUGUCUUUCACAGCAAUAGAGCUGCUUGUUUGAUGCAAAUGAAACCUAUUGAUUAUGACACUGUCAUUGCUGAGUGUACUAUGGCUCUUCAGGUUCAGCCUUGCUUUGUUCGAGCUCUUCUUAGGAGGGCUCGGGCUUUUGAGGCCAUAGGUAAGUAUGAAAUGGCUAUGCAGGAUGUGCAGCUCUUGUUGGGGGAUGACCCCAAUCACAAGGAUGCUUUGGAGAUUGUCAGGAGACUGAGGACUGCAUUGGGUCCUCGCCAGGAGGCUCAGCAAGACCUCCAGAGCCGCCCUUCCCCAGCUGCACUCGGGGCUUCUGCUGUUCGUGGUGCCCCAAUUGCUGGCCUUGGGCCUUGUUUACCUGCUCGCCCGGUGCCUAAGAAGACAGCAGCAUCACCUCCUGGAGGAUCAGUUGUAUCACCAAUUAAUAAGCUGGAGAAGCACCAAAUCAAUUUAGCAACUGAAAAUGGUCCUGAAAAUAAGGCCCGGUUGCCAAAACUUGUGCUGAAGCCCUCGGGUGGUUCUUUGAAAGCAACCGAUAAUAUCAAUAAGGAUGGCCAGAGAGAACAGUCUUUUUCUGCUUCUGUCCAUGGGCAGGUCCCAGAGGAGGCAGUUCAACGGAGGCCAUUGAAACUUGUUUACGAUCAUGACAUAAGGCUUUCCCAAAUGCCAGUUAAUUGCAGAUUCAAAGUGUUAAGAGAGAUUGUCAGCAAACGUUUUCCUUCAUCUAAGUCAGUUUUGAUCAAAUAUAAGGAUAAUGAUGGAGAUUUGGUAACUAUUACCUGUACGGCAGAACUCAGAUUGGCAGAGUCUUCCAUUGAAGCUCUUCUUCCAAAAGAGCCGGAAGCAGAUAAAAUCAGUGGAUUUGGGAUGUUGAGAUUGCACAUUGUUGAGGUAAGUCCAGAGCAGGAGCCACCAUUACCAGAAGAAGACGAGGAGAAGCCUUUGGAGAGUGAGGAAGCCAAGGCAGAUGAAAGUGGGUCUCACUCAUCUCUUGGUGAAUCUGUGUCCGAAGGUGUUGAUACUGAUAUUGAAAAGGCAGAGAAAGAAGCUUCAAACGAAAAAGCAGGGGCUUCAGAAGAUCCAGAGUGCAAGGAAGUGGAGAUGGAUGAUUGGCUGUUUGAGUUUGCUCAGCUUUUCCGCACCCAUGUGGGUAUUGACCCUGACGCUCAUAUUGACUUGCAUGAGCUUGGGAUGGAGCUAUGUUCAGAGGCUCUUGAGGAGACGGUUACAAGUGAGGAAGCUCAAAUCCUCUUUGACAAAGCUGCUGCCAAGUUCCAGGAGGUGGCUGCAUUGGCAUUUUUUAAUUGGGGAAAUGUUCAUAUGUGUGCUGCAAGGAAACGGAUUCCCUUAGAUGAGUCUACCGGGAAGGAGGUUGUGUCAGCACAACUUCAAGUGGCUUAUGACUGGGUUAGGGAAAAGUAUUCUUUGGCCAGAGAGAAGUAUGCGGAAGCACUCUUAAUCAAGCCGGACUUUUAUGAGGGGCUGCUGGCACUGGGACAGCAGCAAUUUGAAAUGGCCAAACUUAAUUGGUCUUUUGCACUUGCAAAGAAAAUAGAUCUCUCAAGCUGGGAUCCUGCAGAGACACUUCAACUUUUUGACAGUGCAGAGGAGAAGAUGAAAUCUGCCACUAAAAUGUGGGAGAAGCUGGAGGAGCAGAGAGUAAAUGAGUUGAAAGAUCCAAAUUCAAGCAAGAAGGAGGAAUUGUUGAAGAGGAGGAAGAAACCUGGAAGUGGUGCUGAAAGUGAGCUCUCAGGAACUGGUAGUCAGGGUGAGCUUUCAGCUGAGGAAGCAGCUGAACAAGCAGCUGUGAUGAGAUCACAAAUACAUCUUUUCUGGGGCAACAUGCUCUUUGAACGAUCCCAAGUUGAAUGCAAAUUAGGAAUGGAUGGUUGGAAAAAAAAUCUAGAUACUGCUGCUGAGCGCUUUAAGCUUGCUGGAGCUUCUGAAACUGACAUAUCUACGGUUUUGAAGAACCAUUGCUCGAAUGGAGAUGCUGUGGAAGGUGAUGAAAAGAAAGUUGUUGGUGAAGCAGAGAGCAGUGAGGUCAAACAAACGUCUGACAAGUGAUAUAGAGUUGAUGUUUCCUGUCACUUUGAUGGCUUUAGUGAGUUAGCCUUCUACAAUCCUGAGUAUGAGCUGCAAAAUGGAAGUGCUUGUUUACCUCAGCUGCAGGAAGGGAGUGUCGAGAUUUUUUCCUUGCAAAUGAAAAUUUGGGGCCCAUUAUUGAUGAGUGGUGUACUUGAAAGAUUUUGGGUUUUAAGGUUUCUGUUUUAACGUUUAAAGGGACCUUUCUUCUUUUUUGUCAUAAGAUUGUUGGCAAUGCCAAUGAGUUUUUCAAUAAGCAACUUUAUGUGAUCUAAUUUAAAUCCCACAUGAGUUUUACUUGAUGAA